GCUGCAUUUAGACGCUUAGAGUGCAAUGGGCUGCAACCUCUCUAAGAAGAAGCAGUCGCCCCGUACGAUCCGGGUGAGUCCCAAGAAGCAGGCGACGCCCGUGGCCCCGCCAGUGAUCGUGGACCCGCCGCCGCCCAAGCAUGGCAACUCCUGCAACAUGCCCUUUGGCGCCGACCAAGGACCAAUUGCGAUCGGACGACUCCAAGCCGAGCCCAACGGAAAGAAAGCAGUCGUUGCCUUUGGCGCCGCCGACGCAAGAGGCUCCCACGACGAGUGCAACAUCUUUUUCACGUGGGACGGAGGCGCGACUGCGGCCUUGACCUUGCGCGGCGUCAAAUACAAGCCGGUGCAAUUCCAUUUCCAUACACCAAGCGAACACACGAUUGAGGGCGCGCAGUUCCCGCUUGAGCUCCAUGUCGUGCACGUGGCGCCCAACGACCGCUGGGCUGUUGUCAGCUACGUCUACCAGUACGGCGAGACCGAAGAUGCCUUUCUAAAACAGGUCUGGCCAAGUCUGCCUCAGCUCUCGACCAUCCAGGCAGCGACGGCGGUCGGGCGCAUUGACGGAAGCGUCCUCGUGCAGCCCAAAGCAGGCUACUACCAGUACACGGGGGCGUCGGGCGACGGCGUCGAGUGGGUUGUCGCCCAGCGACCGCGGAUAGCGACGCCGGGACAAGUCGCGUCGCUGUUUGGUGCGCUGCGUGCGUCGAAUGCCCGGCCGACACAGCCGGUCACCGGUCGAACGGUCACCUUGCUCUGCUAGCUACGUGCCUUGAGCGCCCUUUCUCAUUAUCUAUGGAGCACGACGACAAGUAGUCAGCAAUCGUAAUUGAAUGACUUGGUA